AGAAUCGAACGAAAAAAAAAAAAAAAUUGUCGUGUUUUGAGUACCCGUACAUUGGACCUUUUUGUUCUUUUCCUUGUUUCAAAUACAAAGUCGCUUUCUUUUCGUGAAACAACUGUGAGUCGAUAGCGCGUAUGCAUAUCCAAUGAAAAGAAUGGAGAACUUCCAGGAGAGAUGAGACAACCAAUUUUAUUCAUAUAAAUUAAAUCAGUGAAAAAAAAUCGCACAAUAUCUUCAUAUUUUCUUGUUCCGCAAAAGGUAUGAUGAGUAAUUUUCAGAGAGUAUGCAUCCAACACGAAGCAACUAAAGUCAAUUAACGUGCAUUUCAAGGAAAAGACUUGGUCUCAAAUCCAAGCAUUUGCAAAAUUAACCGACCCAAGUGUGGCGUGUGUGUGUAUGUGUGUGAUCUAGACGCAGAAAGACAACAAAUCAAUUCGAAACAUGGAAUUGCGUGUAGGAAACAAAUACAGACUAGGCCGAAAAAUUGGUUCCGGUUCAUUCGGCGACAUUUAUUUGGGAACAACUAUUAAAACCGGCGAAGAGGUUGCCAUAAAAUUAGAAUGCAUUCGAACGAAGCAUCCCCAACUCCACAUAGAAAGCAAAUUUUAUAAAAUGAUGCAAGGUGGUAUUGGAAUACCACGUAUUAUUUGGUGCGGUGCCGAAGGUGAUUAUAAUGUAAUGGUGAUAGAAUUGCUUGGUCCAUCGCUUGAAGAUUUAUUCAAUUUUUGCUCGAGAUUGUUUACACUGAAGACCGUACUGCUGUUAGCUGAUCAAAUGAUAUCCCGCAUUGAUUUCAUUCAUUCACGCGAUUUCAUUCAUCGUGACAUUAAACCAGACAAUUUUCUGAUGGGUCUCGGAAAGAAAGGCAACCUAGUGUAUAUGAUUGAUUUUGGUUUGGCGAAAAAAUAUCGUGAUUCGCGAACACUGCUGCACAUACCGUAUCGGGAAAACAAAAAUUUAACCGGCACCGCGCGAUACGCAUCGAUAAAUACACAUUUGGGCAUAGAACAGUCACGUCGUGAUGACUUAGAAUCAUUGGGUUAUGUACUCAUGUACUUUAAUUUAGGCGCACUUCCAUGGCAAGGUUUAAAGGCCGUUAAUAAACGACAGAAAUAUGAACGAAUUUCCGAAAAGAAACUGUCCACACCAAUCGAUACGCUCUGCAAAAAUUUUCCCAACGAAUUUCCAACGUAUUUAACAUAUUGCCGCCAAUUACAUUUUGAACAACGUCCCGAUUAUAAUUACCUGCGAAAAUUAUUCCGAUCGCUAUUUCAUCAAAAGAGCUUCACAUACGAUUGUGUAUUCGAUUGGAAUAUGCUUAAAUUUGGUGGCUCACGAAAUGCGGUAGGAACAAAUGCAAUAGCCAGUGGGGCAGCUAACAAUGCGGUAAGUGGUAGCGCUGGCGUUGGUGCAAUGGGAAGUGCAGCGAUGGCUAGUGGCACGGCACAACAGCAAGAAGAUAAUGAUGGCCCAACGAAUAAACGUAAUCAAAUAACAAAUCAUCCAAACGAAGAACCAAUGGCAACAAAUAGCCCACGACCACACGACAAACCUGAACGACGUUCAUCGGUGCGACUUCGGGGUCAAAAUGUGGUGACUGAUUCACGAAAUGCAAAAUAGGGAACACAGAAACCCAUAUGAAAACACACACAUUUCGAACACAUGGAACACUUGCGAAAAAUAAGCAAAAGGGAAAUUUACAAGUAACAUUUAUUAUGAAAAAUAAAACAGCAACAACAACAACAAAAUUGAGAAAAUUAAAACAAGUAAUUUUGCAUUGAUAAAACAAUGAGAUAAAACAAAUACAUAGGAACAGCGUAUAAGAGAAAAAGUGGCAGAAGAAUAAGUCGAAGAAGAGGAGAGAAAAAAAUUAAUUAAAUAAGAGCGUGAAUAUUGAAUAGAAAUGGAAUCAGAAGGAGAACAGAGAAAGUUGUAGGGACACACAGAGACUACAACAUUUAUUCAAUGUACUAAAUUAAAGCAAACAAGAAAAAAAAAAAGUGAGGAAAAAUAUGCUAUAAUACGGAGGGAAAAGUGUUAUUAUACAUUUUAGUAACAAUUUGUCUCUAAAACUCUAGAAAUGAUAAUUGAACCAUUAGAGAGGGUAAAGUUUUCCUUUUUUUUUAAUUUAAUGAUAAACAGAAAAAAUACAAAAAUACACUCUUUUUUAUUACUUUGUUCUUUUUUAUAUGUAUAUGUAAAAUACAUGUCUCUCCGCGUUUUAUUAAUUCGAACCAAUCAUUUUCUUUUUGUUUUUGAGUAUAAAAAGAGAUGAACGUGAAUAAAUACUGAAAUUAGUGAAAUAGACGCGGAAACUAGCAGUUUUAAAUGAAAUCACAAUUACUCGUCGUUAUAUCUAUUGUCUACAUUAUUCGUCGUCAUAAUUCAUACAUAUUGAAAAAAAAAAAAUUAAAACUGCUAAAUUUACGGUUACAAUUAAAUGAAAAAGAAAACACAUACAUUUUUUUUCUCAAAUAAAACUGACACAAAAACCAAUAUAAAUUGAUUGUAAAAAAAAUAAAUACUGUGAGAAAAAAAAAAUACCGUUGACAUAUGAUGAUUCGAUACAAAAAGAAUUUUUAACGAAAAGCAUAAAAAGUUUAGAAUAAAAAAAAAUUGUUUGAAUUGAGUCGAGAAGAAAUGCAUGUCCGGAUACCGAAAUAACCACAAUUCUCUUUUUUUUUCUUCAUUUAAAUGUUUACGAAAUAGAAAGAACAGUCCCUUUCGAUUAAUCGAACACGUAAUAUGUAAAACACAAUAAAUUCUUAAUUAAAAUUUAUAAACAAAAAAUAAUUGAACGUGGGAAAUGUGAGAAAUUUCUAGUUUAUACACAAAGAAAUAAAAGAUGAAAUACAUUUUAACAAGUAAAACAAAAA